AUGUCCUUCUUCGGCUUUGAUACGACCCUCCCAAGGGAUCGUGCUCCGCAGGGUGACAGAAGGGGUAUUUUCGAUACGCCUGAUCCGUUCGCUGAGAUCGCUCGCGCUAGAGCAGCAGCGCACCACGACAAUGACGACGACGUUAUCGAUUUCGAGGAUACCUACGAUGGUUUAGGAGAACAGUUGGACGACGACCAGGAUGCCUUCAACAACGACACCUUUGGUGGCGGUCCUGAUACCGGCGCCGUUGGCAAGGACUUCGAUUUCUUUGGGAACACUGCGCAAAUUGCGGAUGUCAUUGGAGAGGAGCAGGUCCGAUACAAUCUCAAGCACCCCCAGGCUGCAGGCUCUGGCCCUGAGCCCGAGCUCCAGACCGUCGUUGCUCCCGCUGCCACCGUGGCACAAAAGCCAAGGCGCACCGGAUAUGAAAAGUAUUCGGACCCGGACUACAUUCCGGAUCUUCAGGCCAAGUCCAGCGUCUGGGGUCUAUCGAAGAAGGCGGAACCCGCCACUGUAGUCCAGCAGUCGAGGAAGAUGAUGAGCCUGGAGGAGGUGGAAGCGCAGCUCCGUAGCCACGGUAUCGCGCCGAUUCCGAACCAGCUCCCAGUCUCCAUGCCGCAGCCACUUGCUGAGCCGCCGAUUCCCCUCCAUCGGCUUCAGCAGGUCCCCGGACUUCCUGAGGGCUUUGCAAACCUGCCACCAGAGUAUCUACAGGCGCAGUUUGCUAAGGGUAUACCGCCUGCGCACUUGAUGCACCCGCAUUCGAUGGUUCCAGAGCCCUAUCCCCUACCGGCACAUGCCCCUAAUAUCCCGCUACAUCUUUUACAAAAUCCUAAUGCUCCUCCACCUCCGCACAUGCCCCCCGUCCAGCCUCCGGCGACGAUGCCUCCACGAGGCCAGCGACCACCACAACAGUCCCAACAGCCUCAACAACAACAACAACAACAGCAGCAGCAGCAGGCCCGGGGUAGCAAUGCUCAGCUGCCAUUGAUCACCAACCCACAACAGUUGAUGAAUCUGACAGAGGAGCAGCGUGUCGCCUACCUGAUGGAGGAUGCCAAGCGUGCAAAGAGAAAUCACAAGAUUUUCCUCUUGUCGAGGGGCAACGGACUGAUGACCCCCCAGGACAAGAACUUCAUCACGCGCAUCCAGUUGCAACAACUGGUGGCUGCGGCCGGAAAUGUUGCGGACAAUGAUUCCGAGUCCGUUCUUGCGGAAGAUUUCUAUUAUCAGGUCUACAGUCAGAUCCGAGGUGCACCCCGGCAACAUCCUCACCAGCCAUUAGGCCACUUUGCCCAGACCUAUCUCCUUCAGACCGGCAACCGCAUCGGAGGGCAUGGAUCCCGGAGGCAACCUCAGAGUGCGGACAAUCACAUGCAGCGGAUGCAACAACAAGUCCAGCGGGCGGUUGAGGCUGCCAAGGCUAAGCCAAAGAAUAAACAGUUGAUCAUCGAAGGUAGUUUGGGCAAGAUUUCGUUUGGUAAUGCUAAAGCUCCUAAGCCUAUGCUCAAUAUCAAGCGCCCCGAGAGCUCCGAAGGUGCCAAGACCACCAAGAAGCCACAGACAUAUUUGAGCCUCAGUGAUCGCAAAUCCAUUUUGACCAACAUCGAGAAUGUCUAUAAUACUCUCAUGGAAAUGGAGGAUAUGGAGCGUACCAUGCCUCCCCCACCAGAUGAGACCGAUCUCGAGGCUAUUCAGCAGCACCUGGAAUGGCGCCAGAAAGUCCGCGCGCUCAACCAGAAGCUGUGGCAGGAACUGAAAGUGAUGGAACCCAUUGUUCCCAGCUCCAACACCCCUCAUCCGUUCAUUGCAUUCCUCUCUUAUCCCAAGGGCAAGAAAGCUAUUCCCCGCAUCUUCCGCCACAUCGACCAGGAACAGCGAGUAACCAUCCUUACCAUGAUUGUUGUCCAUCUGGACUCUCUGGAUGUUGUGCGACAAGCGCUCCCUGUGCCCGGGGAGACUCAACCUCCUCUCGCCGUCCGGGAGGCGAUCGAUCUCUUCUCUCAGGCCGUGAUGCCCAGUCUUCUGGGCUACGUGAAUGAGGCCCCAUUCAACAUCAUUAUUGGACUACUGGGACUGGUGAUUGCGCAGACCCAUGUGCAAUUUAUUGCCAAGACCCGCAUUGGCCUGGGAGUCCUCACUAUGCUUUUGAGCCGCGCCGAAAUUGUCAAGGAAGCCGGUCAAGCGAGCGAGCGCGACUGGCAACAAUGGGUUGAGAAGUUUAACGUUCUCUUCGACACGCUGGAGCCUAUUUUUGGCGAUAUCUUCCCAAGCGCUAUCAACGCCGGUGAUGAUAUGUAUGUGUGGCAAUUUUUGGCCGCAACUGGAAUCGGGGCGAGUCCGGAACAGCAACAACGCCUUGUUAUCGCUGUCAAGGAUCGCGUUAUGGAGACGGUGGCAUAUAGCAAGACACUUCCGGCCGACAUGGCCAGCCAACGACUUGGAAAUGUCAACCUCUUCAUGCGGGCCAUUGGUCUUGACGUUGAGCUUCUUGGUUAA